AGAGGGCCUGUUAGGGAGGAGGAACAGCUCCCAGGGCAAGAUAGGACAGCCCAUGCCUUAUCAGAGUGCCUGAGCCAAAGAGGGAACUGGAGAGUAAGCACUUUCCAACCACUUCAUCUCAACAACAGACAGAUUGGCAGGAAAACCCUGUCAGCCCUUCGCUUCUGCUACCCAGGCAUCAAGACAGAGCCUCCAUCUAUGCAAAUAACCCUGGUUAUGCCCCUAAUGACAUGCCCGUGAAAGCAAAACGCAGCACGUACAACUACAGUCUGCCCAUCACUGUCAAGAAGCCAGGUACGCUGUGCCAGCAGAAGGGCUCUUUUUUGGCUAAACAAGAAGUGAUGGUGGCAAAAAGCAGCUGCGAUAUGAGUCUGGAGAGUGUGAAGACGACAAAGAGGAGGAAGAGGACUUCAAACCUUCUGAGGGGAGUGAAUAUGGGGAAAUUCUUGGCUAUGUGUGAACUCAGGGAGCAGUCCGACUGCUCUUGGACAUAAUCAGCUCUGCUCUUGUUCCUUAAGCAUGGAGGGUUCAGCAACCACGCCCAGGAUGGGGGAAAGCAGAACUUCUACUAAGAUGCUGAUGACCUGUCUGCAAGGAUUCCCUUCUGUGGGAUGCAGUGUAUGUUGUCCUCGCUAGCUGAUGCCCUUCUCAAUUCUGUAUCGACUCCCCCAGCAGUCAGCAAAGACCGAAGGGAGCAGGCAGUGGGGCAGAGCCUCAGUUCCGUAGAGAUUGGCCAUUCUGGCCGUUAGUCUGCCAUUGCCAGCACCCGGUCACAGAAAUUAGGGAUCUGCUGGCAUUCUCCAAUCUUAUGCAUUCUCCAGUGUGUUUGGGUGCAGGAGUCUCAUCAGUCACUGCUAAUACGCUCUGAUGCAUGGUUUCAUACGAUUUCAGCCUCCUGCAGUUGUGUGAGGCUUCUCAAGGCUCCAGCAUUUUUUCAUGCUUUCUGGAAUUUUGUUAGACUGAGAGAUUUCCUUAGCUUUGGCCUCCAGCCCACAAAAGCAACAUCUGCAGGGCUCUCACACAGUGACGCCAAGCUACCUCAGCUGUGCUUUGGCCUCAGCCUACUGAAGGACAAGUGGGUAGAGGCUCUCCUGGUUUACCUUAGAGCCACGUCUGGCCCAUGUCAUUGACCCUCAGCCGCUCUCCUAGCUAUAUAUGUGUCAGGUUCCAUUUGGGCACAGGCUCCUCAGGUGUGCACUCACCAUGGCGCGCUGGGAGAUCCUCUGCUUUGCCUUGUGCUCCUACCUUGGGGUAGCAUGGGCUGCAACCCUGGGUGUGGUGUACACCGAGGGAGGUUUUGUGGAAGGCGAGAGUAAAAAACUGGGACUCUUCGAUGGCUACAUCGACAUCUUCAGAGGGAUCCCCUUUGCUGCCCCUCCAAAGACUCUGGAAGACCCUAAACCUCAUCCUGGCUGGGAAGGAACACUGCAGGCAAAAAAUUUCAAAAGCCGCUGCAUGCAGAUGACACUUACACAAACCGAUGUCCGUGGGAGCGAGGACUGUCUCUAUCUGAACAUCUGGAUCCCUCAAGGGAGGAAACAGAUCUCUACCAACCUGCCAGUGAUGGUCUGGAUCUAUGGAGGCGCGUUCCUUGUAGGAGGGAGCCAGGGAGCCAACUUCCUCGAUAACUACCUCUAUGAUGGUGAGGAGAUUGCUGUGAGGGGCAACGUGAUCGUGGUGACCAUCAACUAUCGCCUGGGGCCCCUGGGCUUCCUGAGCACUGGAGAUGCCAGCCUGCCAGGGAACUAUGGGCUGAAGGACCAGCACAUGGCUAUUGCCUGGGUGAAGAGGAACAUCAAGGUCUUUGGGGGCGACCCAGACAACAUCACCAUCUUUGGGGAAUCAGCUGGUGCUGUCAGUGUCUCCAUGCAGACACUGAGCCCAAAGAACAAGGGCCUGUUCAAGAGAGCCAUCAGCCAGAGCGGUGUCGCUCUCUGCAGCUGGGCCAUCCAGAAGGACCCGCUCGCCUGGGCUAAAAAGAUUGCUGAAAAAGUGGGCUGCCCCACAGACAACACCACCACCUUGGCCAACUGCCUGCGCAUCUCCGACCCCAAAGCCGUGACGCUGGCCUACCACCUGUACCUGACCAACCUGCCCACGCCCCUGGUUCACACGCUUGCCAUCACUCCUGUUGUCGAUGGAGACUUCCUCCCAGACACACCAGCGAACCUGUUUGCCAACGCUGCUGACAUUGACUACAUCGCUGGGGUCAAUGACAUGGAUGGACACUUCUUUGCUGGCAUUGAUUUACCUGUUAUCAACCGCCCACUUGGGAAAAUGACUCCGGAGGAGUUCUAUGAUUUGGUGAAAGGACUUACUGCGGACAGGGGCGAGCGUGGAGCCAAUGCCACAUACACUCUCUACACACAAGGGUGGGGUGACAAGCCAGAGCAGGAGGUCAUGAAGAAGACAGUGGUAGACCUGAUUACUGACUACAUCUUCCUGAUUCCCACGCAGUGGACACUGAAUCUGCACCUGCAGAAUGCUCGGAAUGCCAAGACAUACAGCUACGUGUUCUCCCAGCCAUCCCGAAUGCCCGUAUACCCAAGUUGGGUAGGGGCAGACCAUGGUGAUGACCUGCAGUACGUGUUUGGGAAACCCUUCGCCACCCCCCUGGGCUACCUGCCCAAGCACAGGACCGUCUCAAAGGCCAUGAUUGCGUACUGGACCAAUUUUGCCCACACAGGUGAUCCCAACAAAGGGAAUUCAGAUGUGCCCGUUAACUGGCCGCCCUACACCGAUGAAGGCCAUUAUUAUGUGGAAAUCAACAACAAAAUGAACAAGAACUCUGUGAAGCAGAAUCUGAAAUCUCGCUUCGUGACUUUCUGGAACUCGGUCUAUCAGAAUCUGCCACAGGUUGCCAACAUCACCGUAGCCGAUAAACUGCCAUAGAGCUAAGAAAAAACGCCUUUUACAGACAGAUGCAAUUCAUUAAAGGCUUGCUUGUAUCUGAGCAAUUCUGGCUUCUCCCUGUCUUUGCUGUGGCAGGACUUUUCUCCCUAACUUUACAGUGAGGCAGCAGGCGGUGUCCAGUCCCUGGGCAGUGUGUGCUGCCUUGAUCCAGAGUGGAGCAGUGACCCAUGGAAGCUGCUGCUGCAGGGAGCCAUGGCUCAGCUUAGCUUUUGGCUGGAGUUUGUUUUCCCUGCAUGAUGCAGCAGGACAGAAGCCAUGGCUAUGCCAGUGCCUCACCACCCUCAUGGUGAAGAAUUCCUUCCUAAUGCCUAAUCUAAAUCUUCCUCCUUCCAAUUUAAAGCCAUCGCCCCUCAUCCUAUAACUACAGCCCCUUGUAAAAAGCCCCUCCCCAGCUAUCCUGGAGCCUCUUUCAGUACUGGAAGCUGUUCCAAGUUCUCCAUGGAGCCUUCUCUUCUCCAGGCUGAAUAACCCAAAUCCUCUCAGCCUGUCCUCAUACGGGAGGUGCUCCAGCCCUUGGAUCAGCUCUGUGGCCUCCUCUGGACUUGCUCCAACAGCUCCAUAUCCUUCUUAUGGUGGAGAUUCCAGAACCAGACACAGACCUCCAGGUGGGGUCUCAACAGAGUGGAGCAGAAGGAAGAAACAUCUCUCUCCCUGCUGGUCCCACUGCUUGGGAUGCAGCCCAGGACACGGUUGGUUUCUGGGCUCUGAGCACACAUUGCCGGCUCAUGCCAAGCUUCUCCCAACCACAUCCAUCCAAGUCCUGCUCCUCAGGGCUGCUCCCAACCACAUCACCCCCACAUCACCCCCAGCCUACAGCAACAGCGCGGAUUGCCCUAACCCAGGCGCAGGACCCUGCACCUCAGAAACUGCCUCAGAAGAAGGGAGACAUUAUUCCACACGGGUUUACCCUCAAGUCCUUGCUUGGCAGAGACCAGAGAGCUCCAGCUCGGAGCCUGGGCUGCAAGGGGAGAGCAAACACCCUCCUGCCUGCCACCACCUCGACCCCCACCACAGCCAUAGGAACCUUUGUGCGGGGAACCUUUGUGCGCGGGAAACCUUUGUGC